AUGAAGCCUCACCAAGAAGAAGCUUCACCUGCGUCCUCGGUCUCAUAUCUCAAGCUCGGGCUCUCCUUCAAUCCCCAACUCCAUCUUGUUAACUUCUUUGCUCAUAUCUUACUCUUUGGCUCUGGUUUACUCGUUGGAAUCACCCUUGCUUUGUGUCUUCCAGACUUGUCGCCCCUCAGCUUUCGAAUCCAACAACAACUUGCUUCUUCUUCGCCCUUUCCACCUCGUCCUGUCUCAUCAAACCAAACAAACGUGACGACGACCACCUUGGUCACCCGACAUGGGUUGAGAGAUUUGUUGAGUACCGAUGAUCAGGAGGCUAUGCACGACAUGACUGAGCAAGAGUUGUUAUGGAGAGCCUCACUAGUUCCAACAAUUAAGGAAGUGCCCUUCAAACACAAACCCAAGGUUGCAUUCAUGUUUUUGACAAAAGGGCCAGUGCCGUUGGCUCCUCUGUGGGAGAGAUUCUUCAAAGGGAACGAGGGCCUCUACUCUAUUUAUGUCCAUUCCCAUCCUUCUUUCAACGAAACUCUGCCUCAAAGCUCUGUGUUUAAUGGCCGAAGAAUUCCCAGUAAGGAAGUAAAGUGGGGCGGGUUCAGCAUGGUAGAAGCAGAGAGACGUCUGUUAGCCAACGCACUGCUAGAUUUCCGGAAUCAGCGUUUUGUUCUGCUGUCAGAAUCAUGCAUUCCCCUGUUUAAUUUCUCCACAAUAUACAACUACCUCAUCAAGUCCACCAAAACCUUCGUGGAAGCCUAUGAUGACCCAGGGGUUGUGGGUCGUGGCAGAUACAGCCCCAGAAUGAGGCCUCUGGUUCGGCUGUCUCAGUGGAGAAAAGGGUCCCAGUGGUUCCAAAUAGACCGUGCUCUCGCCCUCAGCAUCGUCUCCGAUCGCCAGUACUUUCCGGUGUUCAAGAAGUACUGCCGGCAGCCGUGUUACAGUGACGAGCACUACUUGCCGACAAUGGUGAGCAUCAAGUUUUGGAGGAGAAACUCCAACAGGACAUUGACCUGGGUGGACUGGUCAAAGGGCGGUGCGCAUCCUUCCAGGUUCAUCAGAACAGACGUGACUGUGGAGUUCUUGAAGAGGCUGAGACAUGGAGGGAGGAGGUGUGAGUAUAAUGGCCACACUACCAAUGUUUGUCACUUGUUUGCCAGAAAGUUCACUCCUCAUGCUCUCACCAGACUCCUCCGUUUUGCUCCUGACUUGAUGCAUUUCAAUUGA